GGCCACCGACCUGUCCAGGCCACCUAAUAAUAUCUUAUUCUGGAAUGAGAGGCAAAUAACCGUGGAAUGGUAAUGAACUUUCAAUUAGAGUAUUAGAUGUUGUCUAAUAGAAGGUAAUAGUAAAAAUGCCGCCUUGUGAAAAAUUCCAAGAGCAAAAAGAUGACUCGAUUUCGAGUGAUUCGAGAAAGUCGGCGAAGAAGGCAGACGGAGCGAAGGCAGAGUUGGCCAGUGGAUACACGAAAGAGAAAAGAGCUUUGGAGAUGUUCAGUAUAACCUAUUUUGUGGUCGUCAUGUCUAUAUUUACUGUCUGCUUAGUUUUGAAUUUUCAUAUUUCACGGUUAAAGUAUAUCAUCCUUGCAAUUUUUGGUGGAAUUCUUACAGCAGAUUUCAUGUCUGGUCUUGUUCACUGGGCAGCUGAUACUUGGGGAUCUAUUGAUAUUCCUAUUUUUGGCAAGGCUUUCAUUCGACCUUUUCGCGAGCACCAUGUUGACCCGACGGCCAUCACUAGACAUGACUUGAUUGAAACCAAUGGUGAUAAUUGCAUGAUAUGYCUUCCUGUUCUGACUGUUGUCACACUGAAAUACUGGCUGGCCAGCCAAGAAACCAUUGAUGCCKGGUAUUCCUGGGAUUGUUUUAUCUAUGCACUUGCCAUUUUUGUCAUGUUAACCAACCAAUUCCAUAAAUGGUCUCAUACAUACUUUGGUYUACCAUGGUGGGUGGAGAAGYUACAAGACUGGCACAUAAUCCUACCAAGGCUUCAUCAUCGUAUUCACCAUGUAUCACCACAUGAGACCUAUUUCUGUAUUACAACUGGAUGGCUGAAUUAUCCUCURGAGAUCAUUCGGUUUUGGCCUAUUUUAGAAUCUAUCAUCACCAUGGUUACUGGAGCCAUGCCUAGGUCUGAUGAUUUGAACUGGGCUUCCAAGAGCAAGUGAAGUGUGUUAACAACAUGAUCUAAGGAUAAUUAGUCAGUUUUUACUUUUAUAUGAAAGACAAUGAAUGCAAUKCAACCCGUUAGAGUAAAGACUUUAAACCAAAAGUUACAAGAUGACCAAAAAAUGACAAUUUAUUGUUUUUCCCAUUGAAACAAUACUCAAGGUUAAUUGAUAUUAGAGGGAAACUGUGUGCAUUUUUAAUUUAUACAUGAUGUGCUAGAAUGUAAACAAUUCCUAUCAAGUUGUCUUUUUUUUGUGCACAUGCAUGCAUACACUUAAAAGUGUUUUAUUUUCAAGGCAGAAGUGUUUGAAAGUAAUUUUGUGUUGAUUUUUAAGUACUUUCUUUAAAGAUUGUAAGCCAUUCUUGUGACAUACAAUCUCGCAGUCAGAUUAUGUGUUUGCAUGCAUGGUGUUCUUGCUUAGUUUCUGCCUUAUUUUUAUAGUAUUGUGGUCUUUGUCCUUACAAUUAUGAAAUUGAAAAAAAAUUCUAACCCAUUGGAAGACUAUCCUAAACACAUGCAGUUUAAAAUCUAUAACAUUUUACAGAGUCUUUACACGACUACAAUAGAUAAUCAUGACAAAAAUACUAAUUUCACCAAUUUUUAGUGUACGGCAUUUAUUAUAUUAMAUGAACAUCAAAUUGGUCAAAUGGCAUCUCCUACAAGCUGAUGAAUACAGUUAUAUAUAAGAAAAACUUGUGUUAUUAUAAUGCUCUAUGAAUGGAGAUAUUGUAAGAUUCAAAAAAAUCUGACAGAUGGAAACUGAUGGGAUURGAAUUUAAAGUCACCACUUUUCAACAUAUGAAUAAUCUAAAGUAUGACUGCAUUGCAUGCUGGUUGAGCAUGGCCCUAUAAACAAUACAACAAAGAAGCUCAUAAACUA